AAAACGAAAAAAUGAGCUAUACAAAGGAAGUGUCUAUAUAUUAAUUGAUAGGCAUUGUCAAUCUAGUAAAGUAGAAAUGGCCAAUUCAAGAGGCAUCAACUUUGUGGUCGUUGCAGUUUUCAUGGCACUCCUCAUAGUCACACCAGCUGUUUCGGUUGCAGCAAAGGAAACAAGCUAUGCAGACAGCAGGAAGUUAUUAUCAACACAAACUGCUAGUGACGAAAGCAAUAAGCACCCGAUUCCGACUAACGAAUAUAGUCGAGGCUGUAACGCCAUUAAUCGAUGUCGUGGCGAUGACUAAAAUGAAGGCUGCUCUUUAUUAGAUGAAUCCACACCGGAUUGCAGACAAUGUAAAUCACUUCUAUUAUAUUGUAACACAUAUGUAAGCUCAUGUUGCAUGCAUAUCGACUAUGAUAAUAAUUUUUUUAAUAGAAGUUUUCAAAUAUUAUGUUCCUAAAAUGCC